CCCUCUUUGUCUAGGGUUUUUGCUUAACACUUAAGGAGGCUGGGUCCGUGUGCACCUGGGUGUACCAUGUCGGAGACCGUGAUGCUUAGGGAUGUUGAUGGUUCGAAAACGGACGGGCGAGAUCAGGCCAAGAAGGCCCCCAAGCGAAAGAGAGAAACAUCAGCGUUAAUCUCUGUGACUUCCGACCAAAAAGAGUCUCAGAUCAAGGCCUUGAACGAGGAAGUCCAGGGUCUUUUUCGGUUCUACCGAGAAAUGUUGGAUGAAAAACCAGUUUUAGAAUCAGUUUCUUCGACUUCGAGGAUAUUGGCGUUGAUGGAGGAGAAGAGUCUGCCAUUUGAGAAGCUGGUGGAAGAGAUACACGGGAAGGUGAAGGAGAAGGAGGAGAUGGAGAACGUGACGAUGGCGAUGGUUAGGAGUGCGGUUCUCUCAUCGGGACGGAGAGUCAUGUACGGAGUUCCCAAUGCGGAUGCAGAUAUUUUGAAUGACGAUACUGAAUCUUGCCUCUGGUGCUGGGAGACAACUGACUUAAAGUUGCUGCCAAACUCUGCACGAGGAGUACUGAAAAUUCGGCGUGCCUGCCGCAAGAAGAUCCGUGAGAGGAUUGUUGCUGUCUCUG